AUGCACCGAGAUCUAGAGGCGAUGAUAGUUCGUCUGCAGCUUUCAUCGCGUGGUCACUUGGCACCAACGUCUGAAAUUAAUUGCACGAGCUUCGAGAUGCCGAAGAAGAGACACAGGAGGUGUCGACAGUCCUCAGAAUUGGAUGAGGGAGGAGUCUUGGAGGUUUUGCAGAAGCAAUUGGGGGAGGUUGUAUCUAUAUCAGCAAUUAAAUCUGUUUACAUGAAUCAAGUUGACAGGAAUUUGAUUGACAGAUUCGAGACGCUGAAGAAGAGACACAGCAGGCAUCGACAGUCCUCAGAAUUGGAUGAGGGAGGAGUCUUGGAGGUUUUGCAGAAGCAAUUGGGGGAGAUGUCUCAGCGACUAUUAAAUCAAAACAAUGUUCGUCAGACGAUUCUCUAGGAUGGCUAUAAAGGAAGAGUAAGCGCACCGAUUUGGCGAACGAGACUCGUGAAAAUGCAUAUUAGAGUUUAGUUUGGACGGGUGCAUAUCGAUUGACCCACAAAGGGAAUUGAAACCACGAAGAGAUCAAACACUGAGUCGCCCUUCUCCAAGGGUAAUACGUUCUUUCUUGAAGUCACAUACGAUUGCCAAAAUAAUUUUGGGAGAUGCAUCUGGCUCCUUUCUAUCGUAUUUUAACUAUCCUUACGUUCUACUUUAUUGAAUUAAUUUCUACAGUAAGUACCCCUAACACGACAAUCACAUUUUUCAUCGCGGCAAUUACUUGGUACGAUACGUUUACAACGUUUCACAAGUUGCUCUGGAAUUAUUCACGCUGGUAGGUUUAGCAUGCAAGCGACACUCGUGAAAAAUGGCAAAUUGCAGGUGACAGUAGUUCCAUCGGUAAAUACGAUGAAUAAAAGAUAUGCACGCUUGCUUCAGUCUCCUGGCACGAUGAAACGAUUAGUCUAUGAAGGAUUAGCGUGCUAAUGAUACGUAAAGGGAUUGUCGUCGCGCCGUUAUUCGUGGAUGAAAUCGAACACACCCUAACAUACGGAUCAGCGACCAGGUUUAAAAGGGAAUAUAUCGAUCGUGAGGCGGAACGUUUAAUACGGUCACUUAGGGUGGUACAAUUUUCCGAAGAACAGAAAUCAUCGAAGACGUUUUUAACACGAUUCGAUUACGUUCACCGAAAUCCACAAUUUUUACGAAAUUUCCAUUUUCGAUAAUAAUAUUGGUGUUCAUUCUCUGAGGUUGCUGCAUUGAUCAAAAUAAUCGGAGAGCCAUUUUUCAACAACUAAUUAUAUGGGCGAUUUAAUUUUAGAGAUGAAUGGAAAUUAAUACGUUAGUAUUUGUAACCCUUGGAGUACUUAACUAUUCAUUUUUAACUGAAUUGUUUAUGCGAGGGAAUGUUCAUUCAUCAAACACAUUAAUCUUAAUCGAAUCGACUAAAAGUAAGAGUCAGAGAGGUUCCUAUCAAGAAGACAAUUAAUUCUCGAGGGGUACUCAAACACUACUAUUCACCUAAUUGUUUCAAUUCCUAAAGAAGGACUGAAUCGCCUCGAUCGAAGGCAAUUCACAUACUCCUGCGAGGACUGACAACAAAACAAGCAUCCUUCAGUGACACUUGAACUCAACGAGACCUCGUUCGGUGGCUCUUCGGCGUUACAUAAUCAAACAUCACCUCCCAGUGUCAACACAGAAACGACACGAAACAAUGGACUCGAAUAUAUCUUUUAACUUCCCUUCCUCGAUAAAAGAUCGCACGAACAAACCCCUAAGGCCCACUGAACACUGCAUCAGAGAUCCACGACAGUUCUGAAAAUCCUGAAAGGGUCGCAUGCUCUCUCGAGUCUUUAUCGUUCAACGCUCCUGGCCGAUAUAUGCCAAAGCUUCACCUUCGGUUCCAACUGCUUCGUCUACACCAGCUAACUCGUGCUGUACUAACUAACUCGUCCCCUAAGUAUUCGGUGCCUUCGG